CGUAAAGUUUGUUUGGAUAAAAUAUCAAAAAUUGUACAGAAAAACAGUAUUGUAAGCAUCUUUUUCGUUAAUAGUGUGCUAUAUAACAUUUUUAUGAUUUAUUGUUGAUUAAAUUUAAUGAAAAUUACCGAGUUUUUUGUCAUAAAAAAACGUCUAAAAUAGUUAAGAUUUGCGUUGGAAUAGUCACGAGAGUCCUUAGUUUAUUUUCUUACAAAAUCAGCGAUGGCAACUCUGCAAAAAUUGCAAAUUGCGGGCAUCCGCAGCUACAGCGAGGACCAGUGUCAAAAGUUAAAAUUCACGACACCUUUAACCCUAAUUCUAGGCCAGAAUGGUUCUGGUAAAACCACCAUUAUUGAAGCUAUCAAAUAUGCAAUGACCGCCAACAUUCCCGAUGGGACUAACAGUGGUAAAGGUUUUCUCAACGACCCACAAAUGUCAUCCAAGACUUGCACCAAAGGCCAGAUAAAAUUACGACUCGUAGACUCCAAAAACAACGCUGUUACGGUUUUUCGCACUAUGGAAGUGAACCAAACCCCGCAUAAAUCUCUAAAAUUUAGCUCAUUGCCGGGAACUAUUCAAAUCGUGAUGGCAGAUGGCGACGACAGCAAAAUUUCGGGCUCAUCUGCAGACAUCACAAACGAGUUUUGUCAAAUUAUGGACGUCUCGUCUUCAAUCCUCAACAAUGUGAUUUUUUGUCACCAGGAAAACGCUGCGUGGCCUUUGGCCAAAGGAAAGAGAGUUAAAAAAAAAAUCGACCAAAUUUUCAAUACCGAACACAGCAAUAAAUUCGUCAAAAUAUACCGGGAAGCAGUGAAGGACAAACAAGGCAGGAUCAAGCUACUGAAAUUGGAAGUUGAGCGUAGAAAACAGAAAAAAGAACAAGUGGAAAAAGCCAAACAGAAUUUACAAGAUAAAGAAGACAAACUUAAGUCAAUUGACACCGAAAUUGACACUAAAACGGCUAAAUUAGAACUGGUCAAAAAAGGCCUUGAGGAAAACAGAAAAGUGGAGAAGAUUAUAGAGGAAGCAGAACGCGACUUGGCGGCCAAAGAAGCAACAAGAAUUAGUCUUGUCGCAGAGCUAAGAAGUAUUAGAAAAAAUUUACCUUUCGAAUUCUAUGGAAAUGACAACGAAUUACAAGCCAAAAUCAGAUCGUUCGAAAAUGACCGUCAAGAAGACGAAAUCGUGGUCGCGGAUUUAUUAAGAGCACAAAACCAUAUUGAGACAGAAAGCAAGGAAAUUAAUGAAGCUAUUCAAAAACUACAAAUCGAUUUGGGGUGCUUAAAUGAACAAAAAAAUUACUAUCUGGAAAAAAGUCAGGAACGGAGACAGUUACUUGCCCAAGCUGUGGAUAAGUUUGACGUGACAAUUUCAAACUUUGAGGACGACAAGGGGGCGAUACAAGCCUUGAUUCAGCUCACAUCCGCUCUAAGGGACCGCCAGGCCUCACUAGAUGCACUUAUCGAGGAAAAAGAGUUAGAUUUGGAGGUAUUCCAAUUGUCCAUUGAUGAUUUUCAAGGCCAAGUCAUUGAAACUCAGCAAACUAUAAGUUCAAAAACCCGCGAAAUGAUAGAAUGUGAGCAAAAAAUCGCGAGUAAUUCAUUUGAGUUGAACACAAUGUCGUCCUCCGAGGGGUUCCUUGAGGAUUUAGAUUAUCGUUUCUUAGCCAUUGAUGAGACAAUCUUCGAUUCGGGCAACACGUUUUGCGAACAGGAAGAAAUUCAAAAGAUUGAGUCACAACGGAGUGAAAUUACAACACUGGAACACAAUCUAAAUAUUUUAGAACGGGAAUAUAUGUUUUUCCUACAGAAUGACAUAAUUGAGGGAAAAAUCGAAUGUGAGAGACGCUUAAUUUUGGUAAAACUACGUGAAAUCAAUCGGAUUAAAAGCAAGCAUUUGGAGAGUCUUAAAGUCUUGUUUGGGUCGCUCCCUGAAACGAAUCUAAAAGACUCAGUGUUGACAAAACAAAAAACUGCAGAUUUAACACUUAAAACACUCACCGAACAAUUGAAUAAAAAACAAAAGGAGGUGACAACUCUCGAGGUUCAAUUUCAGAAUCAAAUUGAGAAAUUCAACUUGUGUCAAGAGGAAUUGACGCUUAAUCAAGAGAAAAUUUCACAAGUUUGCAACGGUUGUGAUUUUAAUGAAGUCUUGGAGCGUUGUUUCCAAAAGAGGGAACGUUUACAGUUUGACAAGGGAAAUUACAAUUCAAUUAAAAUUAUUUAUGCUCAAUAUUUAAAACAGUUUAAAGAGGAAAAACCGUGUUGUCCAGUUUGUGAAACAAAUUUCUCAGACAAAACCUAUGUUGAUAAGAUUAAAACAACAUUGCAAAAUAAACUACAUGAAGUCCCUCAACUGUUGAGCAAAGUUGAGGUUGACUUACAAGAAGAGGAAGCUUUAUACAACAAACUCCAACAAUUGAAAGUUGUCAAUGACGAAAUUCGUGUUUUGUCCAAAGAGAAGUUGCCUCAACUUGAGGCAAAUCUCAACGAGAUCAAGUGUAAUUUAGAGGCGAAAAAGUCGGAAUUGGACACAUUGAAUAGAAUGACUUGUGAGCCCUUGAAAAUUUUGGAAAUUUCGAAAAUUGUCAUUUCCGAUGUCAGCAUAUUGGAUCAGAAUCAAGCCGAUGUUGAUAAAUCACGAAACACAAUCGAGAAAUUGGAACGGGAAUUGGCCCAAGUCCCUUCGAAUAAAUCCAAACAGGAAACUAAAGCUGAAAUUGAUUCAAUCAAAUUGCAAUUAAAUGAAUUGAGACGAAAAAUUGACACUGAAACGAAAAAUAUUUAUAGUCAUAAGGACCGAAUCCUUUAUUUAACCCAAGAAAGGAAUCAAUUGUACGAAAAACAACUCAGAAUGAAGAAUUGGCCAAAUCUCGAAGCACAAAAACGCGAGAUGUAUGCAAAACUGCAAAGCUUGAGGAAUGAAAUAGAAGUUAAAAAGUCUGAAUUGUACUGUUUGGAACGGCAUUUGGGGAAUACCGUGGCUAAUAAAAACUUGCAGGAUCAGGAAAAUAAAAAGUUGAUUGAGAAGAAAAGAAACGAAUUGAGCACUUUCACAACUCUGGUGCAAGACGUCGAGAAGCUUCAUAGAGAAAUCGAGAAUUAUCUCAGUAACGAAGUUGAGGAAAAGUUGGUUCAAAUUGAGGACAAUUUGAGAGAGUUUAGACAGAAGGAUGUGUAUCUUGCAGAAUUUAAACCCGAAAUUUCGGAAAUGAUUUCAGCGAAAAAAGACAGAUUGUGUAAAUCCGAGUUGCGUCUCCGGAGGUUGCAAAGUAACGUAACUUUCCGUGAGAAACAAGCCAUCGAGGUGGAUUUAAACGCAAGGAUUGAGGAUUUGAAGACACUGAUCGGUGGUUACAAUUGCGUCUACAUUAACGAGGAAAAGUCUCAAUUAAUCAGAGAAAAGGAAAAUUACGAAAAAUCUAUAAACAGUCUAAAGGGUGAGAAAAACGCUCUUUUGGAAAACAUCGAAGAGUUGCGUCUCCAACUCACAACACCGGACACUGCGAACGCUCACAAUGACUAUAGGACGAAGUUGUAUGAAUUAAAAGUGGUGGAAAGCAUAGUUGAUGAUUUAAUCAAAAAUAUAACAGUUUUGGAAGAGUCCAUUCUUGAUUUUCAUGCGACGAAAAUGAAGCAAGUAAAUGAUACAAUAAAGAAAAUGUGGCGUGAUAUAUACAGGGGGAAUGAUAUUGAUUAUAUUGAGAUCAAAGCAAGACAUGUCAGUUCUGCAAGUGCCACCCAAAAGCACAUAAACAAAUACAGUGUGGUUCAAGUAAAACAAGGAGUCGAGUUGAAAAUGAGAGGGCGUUGCAGUGCCGGACAAAAAGCCCUAGCCUGUUUGAUUAUAAGAAUGGCUUUAGCUGAAACUUUGAGUGAAAAUUGUGGCAUUUUGGCUUUAGAUGAACCCACUACGAAUUUAGAUCGUGAAAAUACAAAUAGUUUGUGUGAAGCUUUAACGAGGAUUGUGGAAUCGAGACAAGAAGAGAACAAUUUCCAAUUGGUGGUUGUCACGCACGAUGAGGAGUUUAUAAAUACGCUUAUGAGGGCACAAGCCGUGCCCUUCUUCUACAGGGUAGCGAUGGACCAGAACGGCUUUUCGCUAAUCAAAAAGGAAUACGCGUUAUAAGUUACAUUUUUGUACCGUUUUUUUUUUCAAAUUUUAUAAACGUUUAUUUUGUUU